GGAAUUUUCACAAUCGACAUGUCUUCUACCUCCACCAUAGAUGUUGUUACCGCGUCUGAGCAGCGAGCGUCCGCCCCCGAGGAGAUGCAGGCGCGACACAGCCUCUGGUGGCAUCUACUUAUUGAUCUACCUAUAUUAUUAUUAGUGGCAGCAGUAUGUAUCCUGCUAGAAGUUGGUGCGUUGCCGAGCAGACGAGCUGGCUUCAUGUGCAACGAUCCAGCAUUGUCGUACCCUCACACGGGAGACACCUUCUCCAUAUCUCUGGUGGCUGCCAUCACAGUCAUCGUACCUUAUUUAGUUCUCUGGGCAGUCGAAACUACUCUCCAACGCGAAGACGAGUAUAACCUGAAGAAAAGUAAAUUCAUCACCAGUGCGAAGACCGCUGCCUUCCUCUACAGAGACUAUAUCUAUGGGUCUGUGGUCAAUCUGACCAUUUUGGAGGUCGUCAAGUGCGUGGUCGGGUCUCCAAGACCAACCUUCUUCGAUUUAUGCCAGCCUGAUAAAGCUAGCACUUGCAACGAUUCAGAGUUUGUGAGUGACUACCACUGCACAUCAACAAAGUACUCCCGCUACCUACAGAUCGAUUCGAGCCGCAGCUUUCCUUCUGCGCACGCGUCGCUCUCGAUGUAUUGCGGGCUGUUUCUAGCUUGGUACCUCCAAAGACGAGCGUUCAGCUGGCACAACCGCUCAGUGCUGCUUGUACCUCUGCUGCAAGUCCUUUGCAUCGUGUACGCCGCAGUGUGCUCGCUAAGCCGGCUCAGCGACCAUCGGCAUCAUUGGUGGGACGUGCUGGUUGGUGGAGGGAUGGGAGUGCUCAGUGUAUUGUACACGGUCCUGGUUCUAUGCAAGAACUUUUCUCAGCCAGCUGUGGUCAGCACAAGUGACAUCUCCAGCAGUGACGGCAAUAACCACCAGUCAGUUCGGCGGCUGCUGUCCAGUGAACCCCAUGUCGUUGUCCCCUAG